GUGUAGCGCCAUCUUUAUUUUUACUACACGGACUCUGGCUUCUCAUCGGUCUAUGUUGGUCAUUUAUCGUGUUAGCUGUAAUUUUAUCAUUGAAUAUAUGGCGAAUUCAGCAGUUGCUGCGGCAGCUGCAGCUGCCAGAGACCCGGCCGUGGACCGCUCGUUACGCUCAGUUUUCGUGGGAAACAUCCCAUAUGAGGCCACAGAGGAGCAGCUGAAAGACAUCUUCUCAGAGGUUGGACUUGUCGUCAGUUUUAGGUUGGUGUAUGACAGAGAAACAGGUAAGCCAAAGGGAUAUGGCUUUUGUGAGUACCAGGAUCAGGAGACGGCGCUCAGUGCCAUGCGCAACCUGAAUGGCAGAGAGUUUAGUGGCAGGGCCCUCCGCGUCGAUAACGCUGCUAGUGAGAAAAAUAAAGAGGAGCUCAAAAGUUUGGGGACUGGAGCUCCAAUUAUUGAGUCCCCUUUUGGAGACGGCUGCACACCAGAAGAAGCCCCAGAGUCCAUUAGCAGGGCAGUAGCCAGUCUGCCUCCCGAGCAGAUGUUUGAGCUAAUGAAACAGAUGAAGCUAUGUGUGCAGAACAGUCCCCAGGAGGCCAGGAACAUGCUCCUGCAGAACCCUCAGCUCGCUUAUGCCCUACUGCAGGCUCAGGUGGUCAUGAGGAUUGUGGACCCUGAAAUCGCUCUGAAAAUGCUCCACCGUCCAGCUGUGGUUCAGCCCAUAAACCCAAGUCCUCAGCCUGGAGCGGUACCAGUACCUAAUCAGCCCCUCCCUCAGCCCAAUGUGCCUGUCUCUCAGCCUCAGCCAAUGCCAGGUAUGCAUGUGAACGGAGCCCCUCAGAUGAUGCAGCCUCCACAGAUGGGAGGUGGAGUACCCGGACCAAUGCCAGGACAGGGACCUAUGGGACCAGCUGGUGGGAUGCAACCUCAGAUAGGGAUCCCUCCAGGAGGCCCUGUGCCGAUGGAUAGAGGACCAGGAAACCUUCUGGACUCUCCUGUGGGAGCAGCUGGGCAGGCUGCUAUCGAGCGGCCUCAAGUGCCGAUGGUAGACUCACGUGCCCCAAUGCGAGGGGCCCCUCAAGGCCCUCCAGGGAUCCCACCCAGAGGCUUGCUUGGCGAUGGUCCGAAUGACCCGCGAGGUGGAUCAUUGGUCAAUGUUACUGGAGAAAUGGUGGAGCCAGGGCAUGGUUACAUCGGAGGCCCUCCACAACAUCAGGGGCCACCCAUGCAUAUGGCGCCCCCAGACAUGCGUGGCCCUCAUGACAUGAGAGGAGGGCCCAUGAUGGGAGAACCUAGAGGUCCUAUGAUGGAGCAGCGUGGUCCACCCAUGGAGGCAAGAGGUCGUGAUCCAAGAGCUGUUGAUGCUCGGGGUCCGAUAUCUGGCCAGAGGGUGCCUGUGGCUGGUGGAAUGCAGGGUCCUCCCCCACACGGCAUGGGACAAAGUGCACCUCCAGCAGCGAGACCAGGUCCUACAUCAGAUGCGUCAUCACAAGACCACGAGAAAGCUGCCUUGAUUAUGCAGGUUCUGCAGCUGACCCCAGAACAGAUCGCCAUGCUGCCACCAGAACAGAGACAGAGUAUCCUGAUACUGAAGGAGCAGAUUCAGAAGACAGCAGGCGCACCCUGAAGACUUAACAUGUGACGAACAUGCACAUCCGAUCAGACAACUAUCCCCUGGCUGCUUUUGUAUUGGUCUGCAGAACAUCCACAUCUUUAACUUUGUUGUUGUUGUUUUUGUUUUAUAGUGGUAUUUUCUUAUUUCAAGUGAGAUCAGUUUUAUACGAAUAGUAGAAGUUCACAAUUUACUGCUCAUGAAAAAAAUAAACAACUGGGUUUUGAAAUAAA